AUGAUGCCGGCUACCGAUGCCUCCGAUUCCACCGCCAAUUAUGACGUGGCAAUGCAGAAUGCCGAGAAUCGUGUUUUCCAUCUCUUGCAUUCUCUCGAAUGGCAAUUGCAUUCCGAGAAGGUCAGCUUUUUUGAAAAUGACAGCCCUCACUUUUUGAAAUGCGUAAUCUUCACUGGAUAUGCGUCAACAUGAAACAUAAACUAAACUGAGAAGUGCGGGAAAAUGCUUCAGUUUCCCAUUGACGUCAAACACGUGUGAAUCUCUUGUGAAUGACGCCAACACGUCGAAUAGUCCCGAUGUUUUGUGUUUCAGAAGACCGGAAGCAUCUGGAGCAUGAGAUGUAAUGUAAUGGAUAACUACAUUUUCCGCUACGAAGGAAGGAUUCCAAAUAGAACUUGUGCGGAGGUGAACGAACAAAACUAGAGUGUAGUUGUUACGUGUGUCACCUUGCAUCAAAAGUGCAUUAAGGGAAAAGCAACUAUUUUUCUUUUGAAAUAUCAUGUAAUUUUCAUUUCGAUUUAUUUCAAAACGUCAAAAAGUUGAACAAAAUAACAAAAGAACAGGUCAGAUUCGGAUGACGUCGUUUUAGGAGGUACUGUCUGGUUGUGGUGGCCAAAAGAAUCUUCUAAAUAUUGGAAAUUGUUGACUUUGGAGUUCUAAAACGGAUUCUUUGAAGAAAAACUCGUAAAGUGCUUUGUGGGUGGUCAAAAAUAGCAUUGUCUAGGUGUCCGCUAUGAUCCAUCCGCAAGGCCUUCACCGCAACAGAUGGGACUCGCAGUCUGCUGGAACCAGUCUGGUCGAGACCAUAAAUCAGGUCAGUUUCUGUCUUCCUUCCAAUAGGAAACGGCCCUGUUUCCAGGAUACUUCCGUCAUCGUUCACAAGACGAAAGGUCGUAUGAUGGGCCUGAUAUCUCCACGCGAGACCGUAGAUCUCUGCCGUUUCGCCUACGAUCCGGUUGAUGGUACGUUUAGAUAACGGGGUUGAAAUGAAGAAGCUAAAUGUGAUUUCAGGAACUCGUUCCGUGGUUAUGGUCAGUGUUGAACAUGAAAAAAUGCCAAAGACCGCUGGCGUGGUGCGUGGGCAAACCUUCCCCACACUCCUUAUGAUCAACCCGCUGUAAGUGAGAGUGAUGAACCGAAAUAGUUAAAGUGAUAACAUACAUAUAAAAUGUACGGUGUCAAUUAGAGAAUAUUCAUUCUUCGAGAAACCAUGGAAUGUGUCGAAUUGUGCUUUGUUCCUCUGCUCAAUGACGAUGAUUUCAGAGGCGACGGCACAAAGAUCACUGCGAUUGUGCAAGCAGAAAUGUUUCUGCAAGGAGUUCCCCAAGCGAUUGUGGACACACUCAUGCCGAAAGUAAGAUGAUUGCCAGUUGAGGUAUCACCCGAUUUCGGACUGAUAAGAGAUUGUAUUACAUUGAGCGGUUCGAACCUUGAGUAAACAAUAAUUAAACGUUUUUCGCCUAAACAGUUUAAACUAUGAUUAUGACGUAAACAAAUGUUUUUCUGUGUAAACAUUGACUCCAGUUUAGUUUCCCUCAUCAUCAUCAAUUGACGAUUUCAGGGAAUUGCAACGUUCUUCGAAGACCUGAUCAAGUACGCGUCGAAGGAAGACAACAAAGUUUCUUUGAAUCACACUCUUAUUGGAUGGUGUGGAGGUCACAUCGAGAACUAG